CUUCCCCGCUAGAGAGAGGGGGGACGCGCUGGGUCACAUGACUGCUGUCAGCUGAUCCAACAUGGCUGAGCCCAGACUUCCCUCAUCUCACCUGACCCAGUUUGGAAGCGCUGGUGCGGCGGUAUAGAGGGGACAGCGCGGGCAUAGCUGUCUGUAUAGUGUCCCCUCCCUGCCCGGUGUAGCGGUGCUGGAGCUGUCAGUGCACUCUGCUGUGCGGGCUGGUGUCACUUGUGCUGUCAUGUAAUGUGUGCAGGCUGUAUGCUGUGUAUAGUGACAGCUGAGGCUGCAAAUACUAAAAUGUGAUGAGUCUACACCCUCGCUCUGUCAAUCCUUGCCAAAAUGGAGUGGCUGGUAAAGUAUAUUAGGAAAGAACUUGGCAUUGACCAAAAUCAGCUUGGCAUCUGUGAGUCCCAGAGUCAUGUGGUUGCCCUUGUGUCUCAGAAAUGGCUUUUGACCCUUAAGGAGCGUAGAGCAGUUCCGGUGCAAUGCCCUAAGCCCGAGGGAUUCAGUUGUGUCGAAAUACAGACUUUUUUGCAGAGAUCUGUCCAGAAGUUACCAGUUGGCUGGACAAGGAUAGAGAUUCAUGGACUGCAGAAAAGAAAACUAGCCUAUUCUGUGGCUUUAGACAAUGGUUUCCUGCAAGGACAUAGUGGUGAUUCUGAGACUUUGAUUAGGUUUAUGCACAAUGUUGCUCAGCAGAACUACAAGAAUAUGUGGAACAAAGCUUGCAGGACUUAUGUACAACCCUAUGAAAGCUUAACUAAAGCUCCAAGCAUGAAGGCCCUGGAUGCUCUUAAGCUGUCUCUCCAAAAAGUCUACAGUUGUUCCUUCAUACACGCAACGAAGGCAAAUGCUAGCAUCUCACCCUCUAAAGAAAGUGCCAAUUUUGUUGUUGGGUCACUAUGUCCAAAUAUUGUUCCAGCUGAGGCUCUGAUAGAGUCUGCUGACAUGAUCUAUAUUAUAUUACCAUAUGUGCAGUAUUCCUUGUAUGAUGCUGUCACGUUUAGCCCAGCUAAGCUUGCAAACAGCCAUGCCAAAGUUCUCUUUAUUCUAUAUAAUAUCCUACAGGCCAUGAAAGCUUGUCACCAGGCAGGCCUAUCCAGUGGAGCUAUUUCUUUAUGCAAUGUAGCUGUUGAUGAAAAACUUUGCAGUCAGUUAAGACCGAACUUUAUUGACUAUGAGACACCGAUUGAAAGUGUUUUGGACUGUACCAACAGUUCAGAAAACAUUACAGACCAAGUGAAAUGUAGCCAACUUUGUACUUCAUGCAACACAGAGCUGAAAGAACGAGUUAUAGGCUGGAUUCAUGGAAGAGUUAGCAACUUUGACUACCUUAUGUACCUGAACAGAUUGGCUGGAAGAAGAGAAGGAGAUCCAAACUACCAUCCAGUCCUACCGUGGGUUGUUGAUUUUACGACCAAAAAUGGCAAAUUUCGAGACCUAAAGAAAUCUAAAUUCAGACUCAACAAGGGUGAUAAACAGCUAGAAUUUACAUAUGAGAUGACAAAGCAGGCUUUUGUUACCGGAGGUAGCAGUUCAGACCAGUUGCAUGUUCCUCAUCACAUCUCUGAUGUAUUAUCUGAUAUCACAUACUAUGUGUAUAAGGCCCGACAGACCCCUAAAGCAGUGCUGUGCAAUCACGUUCGCUCUCAGUGGGAACCAAAUGAAUACCCUGCAAGCAUGGAACGCAUGCAGGGGUGGACCCCAGAUGAAUGUAUUCCAGAGUUUUACACAGAUUCUACCAUAUUUAAAUCUAUUCAUCCAGACAUGCCAGAUCUCGACAUUCCAUCCUGGUGUAGCUCCUAUGAAGACUUCAUCCAUGUUCACCGAGCACUACUAGAAAGUAGGGAUGUUUCCCAGGAUCUUCACCAUUGGAUUGAUCUCACAUUUGGGUACAAGUUGACAGGAAAGAAUGCAGUCAAAGAAAAAAAUGUGUGUCUCCAUUUGGUGGAUAAUCAUACAAACUUGACAUGCUAUGGAGUUGUACAGUUGUUUGAUCAACCACAUCCUAAACGUCUUCUGGGCCCUGUGUAUUCCUUAUUUGAAGCUCCUAAUAUAGUCCCAUCUAAAACAUAUGAGAUGGCUGCAAGUGAUGAUAAAGGUGCUAUCAAUAGUGUGGUUCUAGAGGCCACUGCUUGUGACGGCCACUGGACAGGUGAAAAAGUAGGCUCUUUGGACGAUGAUCUGGAACAAGGGACUGAAGCUCUAGAUGCUUUAGGAUCUACAGGAAAGACUAGUGAACCCACCACUAUACCCUCACUCCAAAUCACUAGUGCUGGUAACUUUUCAAGUGAAAGCAGAGCACUACUAGUUAAGUCAAAUAGACAAUUUAAGGUUGUUUCUGAUGAAAAUGGUGGGAAAAUAUCCCUACCUGAAGGCUUUAAUCCAAUACAGGCUCUAGAAGAACUAGAAAAGCUGGACAACUUUUUAGUUCGAGGUUUGCAUAGCACUAUUCUUCCUGUAAAAGAGUCUAAAAAAAAGCUUUCUCUGAGCCUUCAGGAUUUUUUUGAGAGGGACAUUCAGGCUUUGGGGGUGAUGAUAGCGGAGAUUAUUUUUGCACCAAAAAUUCACACAAUGGCACCAAAAGCACCUAUGAAGGAGCGGUAUUCCAUUGUCCGUAAUCUUAGCAAACAUCAUGUUAAAGAGAUUCCCACUCCUCUUUUACAGAUGCUGGACUUACUGUUGCAGAUACACACGCCGGAUGACAUGCUUUUUGGUGGAAAGAACAUUGAGGAACAUGUGAAACUUUUUGAAUUCCCCCACAUUUCUAAUGGUCUUCCUCCACCCUGUCCUGCACAGCUCCUUAGUCCUUUUUGUUCCACCAUUCCUUUCCCUACGUACUUUCCAAAUCUUCAUAAAUUUAUUUUAACCUAUCAGUCCAGAAGAACAGAAGAUGACAGCCAAGGUCGGGAACUUGUUUUCCAAUUGUGGCAGCAAAUUGAUGGUAUUCUUUGUGAUAUCACCCCUGAGGGAUUAGAAAUCAUUCUUCCUUUUGUCUUGUCUUUAAUGACUGAUCAAAGCACAGCUGUAUACGCAGCUUGGUAUCUUUUUGAGCCUGUGGCCAAAGCUUUAGGUCCUAAAAAUGCAAACAAGUAUCUAAUGAAGCCGCUUAUUGGUGCAUAUGAAAACCCUUCAUAUCUUCAUGGAAGAUUUUACCUUUACACAGAUUGCUUUGUGGCUCAGCUCAUAGUACGUUUGGGUUUACAAGCAUUUCUUUCUAAUCUGCUUACACAUGUGCUGCAAAUACUUGUUGGUGUGGAAAGUUCAGGUGAGGAAGGAAAGCUACUUUCUGGAGCUGCUGAAGAUGAAGAAAGUGGUGGAGAAAGCCCAGCCUCCUGUGAAUUUGGAGAAAGUAGGCUCAACAGUGUAGAUCGGAGUUCCUCAUCCCAUGAACUCUUAGACUAUACUUCUGGGGUCAGCUUUCAUGACCAGGUUUACCUUGCAGAAAAUGAAGACUUUCAGUCAGGCCUGUAUGUCAGUGACCCUCUUCAGCCACAGGAACCAGAAUCUGUCAGCCUUGGUCGGUUAAGUGACAAAAGCAGUACAAGUGAAGUUUCUUUAGGAGACGAGAAAGCGACAGAUAAUGAUUCCAUUAGAGAAAAGGGUAGUCUGAAAUCUGGAGAUAGCAGCCAAGAUCUAAAGCAGAGUGAGGAGUCUGAAGAAGAAGAAGAGCGAGAAUGUUCUCCAAGUAUUUCAGAGCUAACCCUAUCUGUCAAUACUGAUACCUCUGCUGAUACAGUGCUGGCAAGUGACAGUAGAGAACUGGAAGAAGAUGAAACCGAUUUGACUAACCAAACAGAAGAAAAAGAACAAAAGAUCUUGAUAGAUACAGCCUGUAAAAUGGUGAGGUGGCUUUCGGCCAAGUUGGGUCCUACCGUGACCUCCCGCUGCAUUGCAAGGAAUUUGCUGAGGUUGCUGACAUCCUGUUAUGUUGGUAACCAGCGACACCAGUUUUUAUCCAACAUGGAGGAGAAUAGCCCACUAAAUGUCAAGAGACCAGUGUGUGGAGAUCAAGUGUCCAAACCAGUGCUGGAUUGUCUGAUGCACAUGGCACAUCUCUAUGGAGAACCUUUCCUAACGUAUCAGUAUCUGCCUUACAUUAGCUACUUGGUGGCUCCCAGCAGUGGGUACAGACUAAACAGCCGCAAAGAAGCUGGACUCCUUGCUGCUGUCACCCUUACUCAGAAGAUCAUCAUCUACCUUUCUGACACCACUCUCAUGGAUAUUUUACCCAAGAUCAACCAAGAUGUUCUGCUACCAGUGUUGAGCUUUCUGACCUCCGCCACUGUUGGGUUUCCCAGUGGUCCCCAAGCCCGGGUAGCACUUUGCGUAAAAUGUAGCAGUCUCAUCUCCCUUAUAUGCCUUAGGAUAGGAAGAGAAAUGGUCCAGCAACAUCUUGGCGAUGCUCUCAGAAUCUUCUUUGGUAACUUCACUGUACUGCAGGACAUCCAUGAUCAGGGACUAGUAGCAGAGGCUCAGAACACAGUUGAAUCAUGUGUACAAAAUGUAAUCUGUUCUGAUGGAAGGACGCUACCCGUGGAUCUGACUCUGAUUGAGGAACUGGAGAAAGUGUUUAGUGCAGAAAUGGCGUAUGCAACAUUCAUUCCAUUUUCUUGUCUUAUAGGGGAUGUCAUUGCCCAGUUGGUUCCAAAUAGUGAUUUAAUAUGGAGACUGACCAUGGUUUAUCAAGAAGCUGUAAUUCCAAAGGAAAGCGACAGCAAAACACAACCAUUCGAAUAUAGUGGAAGAAUGAAAGCUCCUAUAUAUAGGUCUGAGGAAGACACACAGUCGGGUACUUUUGGAAGUGUCAUGGUGGGCAACCGCAUUCAAGUACCUAAAGAUACCCAGCAGCCAGCAAUAAGGUUAUCCUGCCGCAGUCCUGUUGUGGAGAAUUUCCAGAGUGAUGAGAACUCCUUCAAACAAGACCUUCAGAAAAGUGCCCAUGGGCUUUGCGGUAACUGGCUGGCAUACUGGCAGUAUGAGAUUGGCGUCAGCCAACAGGAGCCUCACUUCUUCUUCCACCAGAUCAAGCUUCAGAGCUUUGUGGGUCACACUGGUGCUAUCAAAUGUGUUAAACCUUUAAGUGGAGAAGAUUUCUUUCUGAGCGGCAGCAAGGACAAAACUGUCCGCUUAUGGCCUUUGUAUAACUAUGGAGAUGGCACCCGAGAUAUUGAGCCACGGCUGGUCUACACCGAGCAUAAGAAGACCGUGUUUUAUGUGGGGCAGCUGGAGUCUGUGCAGCAGAUAGUCAGCUGUGAUGGAGGAGUUUGCAUAUGGGACCAAUAUACAGGUAAAACCAUUCGCACUUAUGAGGCCGGAGACACAAAAGUCCCUAUAACCGCAGUGGCCACAAUGCCGCCUCCUCACUGCAGUGUGACAUUUGGAAGCUCUGAUUCUGUAUUACGUUUCAUUGACCCCCGAAAGCCCGGACUCCAGCAUGAAUUUAAGCUGGCUAGCCACGUCAAUGCAGGGCUUAUACGCUACCUAGCAGUCAGCCCCAAUGGACGCAGUGUUGUAGCUGGUUAUUCUUCUGGAUUCAUUAUUCUGCUGGACACCAGGACCGGUCUAGUACUAAGAGGAUGGCCUGCACACGAGGGGGACAUCCUGCAGAUGAAGGCAUCAGAUGGAAACAUCAUCGUGAGUUCCUCAUCUGACCAUUCCCUCACUGUCUGGAAGGAGCUUGAGCAGAAACCUUUACAUCAAUUCAAGUCCAAUUCUGACCCCAUUCACGCUCUUGAUCUGUACGGCAGUGAGAUAAUAACCGGGACUGUGGCAAAUAAAAUUGGUAUCUACUCUCUUCUUGACUCCUCAACACAGCCAAACAGCACAACCAAACUCAGCUCGGAAAAUUUCAAGGGUACCUUAACCAACCUGGCUGUCUUAUUUAACAAGAGGCUACUUCUCCUGGGCUCUGACAAUGGAGUAGUCCGUCUCCUGGCAUAAGAGACCGUAGCAAUUUGGGGAAACUUCAGUAACUACGAUGUAUACAUGAUUAUUUUUUUAAUUUUUAUUUCAUUUAUUUUUAUAAAAGCCAUAGACCUAUUACCUUCUGGUGUUAAUAGUAUUCAUAGCAAGACCAGCAAGCUUUCUAGUGUAAAUCUAGUUGGCAUUUCUACCCGUAAAGUAUUAAACAGAAGGAGCUGCUACCAUUGAGGAGAUUGCAUAUUUACACUGGGGCCCUUACAAUUAAUUUUGAUAACUCAAAGUAAAUUCUAAUAGUAGAAUCACAUCAAUAUUCAGGAUUGUGUACUUAGCAUCAUAGAAAUGCCUACACAAAUAUAGACAUGAUGCUAAUAGUUUUCUACUUCACAGGAAAACCAGUGUUGUGUGCAGAAGCUGAAAUAAGGACUCUCUCUAAUAUCUGUUUAGUUUGCACUUUAGCUGGUUCCUCCUUAGCUAUGACAUAUGCAUGUUGGAUUGUAUUUGCAUAUUUGCAUUGUAUGGAUUGUGUCAGCAGAAUCAUCCAUUUUGAUUAAAAUACCCGGCUGACAUUUUUAAAACUGAAUAGUAGAAAAUCUGACCUUGUUAUCAUAUCAGCCCAUAAAGGGGUACUCUACUGUGCGCCCCUGUGUGCGCUGCGGGGGUCGACAACACCAUUACGCCCCCUCCCAUAGACUUGCGUUGAGGGGCGUGGCCCGACUGCACGAAGGGGGCAUGGUUGACCCCCACAGCAAGUUCACAGCUAAAUGUUCAGAAUGCAGCCGGAACACUGGCCAGUGGAGUACCCCUUUAAGUGGUUAUCUGAUGUUAAAUGUCACCCCUAUUCAGUGGAUAGGGCAUAACUAGCUGAUCAAGCGAGGUUUAACCACUUGAUCCCCCCCCACCAAUCGGGAGUUGUCAUCUAGAUGAAUGGAGUGGCAGCAUGCAUGCUUGGCCCCACUCCAUUUAUUCUCUAUAGGCCAUACGAACAUUGCCGAGCGCUGAAUUUGUCCAUGUUCACAAGUCCUAUAAUCGGAGAAUGAAGAGGUGGCCGAGCAUUUAGGCAGCCACUCCAUCCACAAUUGUGAGCAUUAGGAUUUGUCCCAGUGGUCAGAUCUCCUCUGAUCACCUACUUAUCCCAUAUUCUGUGAAUACGGGAUUACUGUUAAUCUUGGGAUAAACCCUUUAAUUUCUUCACUUACUGUGAAAAAUCUAGCUGCAUUGUGAUUGGCUACUUUGAGUAAAUAAGGCCUAGUAUAUCUGGUUUGGAGGCAUUGUACAUAAAACUUCCCUUAUAUUGUCUAAUUCUUUCAAAAGGGAUAUUCCUAUUUCAGAAAGUAAUGGCUUAUAAUUACAAUAUGCAACCACUCUAUGAUCGGCAAGGUUCUGACUCCAGGGAUCACCACGGAUUGUAAGAAUGGAGGGGGAUGCAAUAUUUGCAUAGUAUUGUGUCCCCAUCACUGCUUGUCAUUGUACUAUUAAAGGAUAUAGGGGAAAGGGCACACGGCUUACAUUUCCACAAUUGGUGGAGGUCCCAGAAAUUGGACCUCCACUGAUCAUAAGUGAUCCUAGUGAUUUGCCAAAACCUUAUUAGAGGAAAAAGCGCUUAUAAGUAAAAUUUACUCAAUUGGUAGUAGGACAGCUUGGUAAAUUCCUGGUUUACUGCAGCCAUAUGCUGAUAACAUAAGCAUUACCAUAGCGGCUGUUCAGUAUGUAAAAAUAACCAGAGCCAGAUACCACAUAGGGUACUUAUGUGGGUUUUAUUUAUAAAAUAUUUAAGCCAAAUGGUGGUUUAAAAAUUUUGGAGAUUUUAGAAAUUCCAUUUCAUGCUUAAAGUAGUGUACUGUAUGUUUUCUAUCUACAUUAUUGUGUAUCAGUGGUGUCUUGCAUUAAAAAGCAAAAAAUACAAAUUAACAUCUUCAUCUUAUUGUAGCAUAUUUUAGCUGCUCAAAAUUAAAGAGGUACUCCGGUGGAAAACUUUUUUUUUUUUUUUCUUAAAUCAACUGGUGCCAGAAAGUUAAAAAUUUUCCACUGGAGUACCCCUUUAAACACUAUUUCUUUACUUAGCACUUACACUUGGGCACUAUUCACACUGCUGCACAGUCUUUUUCAUCAGGUUCCUAUUGUUCCUGAUGCAACCCAUCAGAAAUGGUUACCAAAUGGAUCCAUCGUCAAUAUUACAAUUCAUGGUACCAACAGAACCAUUAGGCAAAUGUGGAAAAUCCUAAGGCCAAGUGCACGCUCUGGUCUCAAUUAAAUUCAAUGGGAAAAUGUCUAGUGUCUACAUGUAUCAAUUUUACUGCUGUUUUUUUUAAGUGCCAGGUCCUUAUAUUUUUGUCUUUGUAUAUGUCAAAAUAUAGUUGUAUUUCGACAUGUAUAAACAGCACAAAAAAUGCCCUUUAAUGGGCUAUAGCUUUUUGCUACAGCCCAAUAAAUGGCUGAAAUUAGGGACAAGUCAUCCAAAAAAAAAAAAAAAAGUGUUGGAAAGAAGGGUCCUUAGGAAGCCCAAAUGCAAAAAAAAAAUCUAAAGAUACAUCUGAUGUUUUGGGGGUUUUUUUUCUACUUUUUUUUUUCUUAGAAAAAAACUAAACAAAAACCUUUUUGGAACUAUAAAAGACUGCUCAGAAACGUUGUGUACAUGUAACCUAACACCUCAAACUUGUAAAGGUCAUUUGGUACAUUACCAAAGUGCAAACGGUCGAUUAUCCAAGAAAUGACAUAUUAGGGAAUUACUAUCCCUAUAUGUAAAAUGCCACCAAAUUUGAUGUACUGAAUAACCAGGGCUCCCAGCACUAUUACAAUCAUGAUGUAAAAAUAUUUCAUCUUUUUUUUUUUUUUUUUUUUUUAAAUAUAUAUAAUAUGAUCAUGGUGUUAACCUGUAUGAUUUAUAAUUGUGUAUAAACAUAUAUAUUGUUUGGAAUUGCAAACCUGGGCAUCUCAGGAAGUAGAUAUACACAUACGGUAUAUACUACUCUCAGGCUGCAUAUACCCUAUGCUAACCCCUGGCAGUAUGAUUUUAUGCUUUUGGUUGUAUGCACUUCUGUUACAUCACACAUUGUGUUAGGCAAAAUGUUGUCAAAGGAAGUUUGGGUUGUGAAGCAAGAUGUGAUGUUCCUUUUCUCAAUACUCUUUUAUGUCAAAAGAUCUGUCCUUGUUUGUAUAUACUGUAAGAUUCCUUUUUCUGGAAGCAGGAAACCUGUGGUCAUGUAGCAGUUUUUUUUUUAACUUGUAGUAGCAAAGACACUUGUUGGAGCAAAGGCUCAGAAACGGACUAAUAUUAUCUCCUAAUGCAUAGUGCUUGAAAGAAUGAUUAUAGAUAACCCAGGAUUAUCCAGAGACUGACAGAACACCUCAUUUUAUUGUAAUGCGAAUGGCAAUGAACUUACUGUUGGCACAUAUAAUGAACUAAAGACUGUUCUUCACUCCAGAAUGAAAGAAGCAAGAAUCAAAACUGAUAUAUUAGAUUUAUAUUAAAGUUCAUGAUUCUAGCAAUAA